AUGGUAUGGCGUUCCCUUGUAUCCUACGAACAGGAAGGAAAGGAACAGUUGCGGGAGCUCAGCAGCAGACAACCUGCAGCUUUUCCCUUCCCCCAUUCCCACUUGUGCUGCAAUCUCUCAAGGAUACCGCAUUGCCUGAUUCAAGCUAACUUCAUUGUGUUGCAGUCCACCACUCUGAAAUCCAUCCGCUCCCUCGCGCCCCUCCUUGACCGCGUCCUCGUGCAGCGCAUUAAGGCCGAGACCAAGACUGCCUCGGGUAUCUUCCUGCCCGAGUCCGCCGUCAAGGAGCUGAACGAAGCAAAGGUGCUGGCUGUUGGUCCUGGAGGGCUGGACAAGGAUGGCAAGAGAGUGGCUUGUGGUGUUAAGGCUGGAGACCGGGUUCUGAUUCCUCAGUACGGUGGUUCCCCAGUCAAGGUCGGAGACGAGGAGUACUCGCUCUUCAGAGAUCACGAUAUUCUUGCAAAGAUCAACGAGUAA